AUGAAGGCUGCUGUUCUCCUCGCUACCCUUCCCCUCCUCGCUGCUGCGACUGUGAGUACUCCAGAGCAGAAAGAGCUUCCCGUUGAGCGGAUUGUAGCUGACGAACAGUACGAGCAGCCGCUCGAGAAGCGCCAGUCCGGCUGUCUCGCCCAGUGCACCGGUUCGGUGGGCUGUGACGCUCUCUGGGGCUGUGUCUGGGAGAAGUGCCAGGGCUCCGACUGGGACGACGCCAACGGCCAGGACGGUCAGAACGGUCAGGACGGCCAGGGCGGCCAGGGUGGCCAGGGUGGCCAGGGUGGCGACGGCGGCCAGGGCGGUGGUGACCAGAACCAGGGCCAGCAGGGAGGUGACCAGAACCAGGGCCAGCAGGGUGGUGACCAGAACCAGCAGGGCCAGCAGGGCCAGGACACUAGCGGCGGCAACGGCGUCGGCAUCGUCGGCGGCGGCACCACCGGCGGUGACAACAACGGCCAGCAGGGCCAGCAGGGCGGCCAGUCCGCCACUCCCUCCGGCUCCUCGGCCGGUGCCUCGCAGACUGGUGCUGGUGCCGCCGGCCAGUCUGGCUCUCAGUCUGGCUCCCAGUCGGGUUCGCAGACCGGUGCCGGCGCCGCUGGCCAGUCUGGUUCGCAGACCGGCUCGCAGUCUGGCUCCCAGACCCCCGGUGCUGCCGGUGCCGCCGGCCAGACUGGCUCUCAGUCCGGUUCGCAGUCUGGCUCCCAGACUGGCGCCGCCGGUGCUGGCCAGACUGGUUCUCAGUCUGGUUCGCAGUCCGCCCAGUCUGGCUCUCAGUCCGGCUCCCAGACCGGUGGUGCCGGAGCUGCUGGCCAGACCGGCUCUCAGUCCGGCUCCCAGUCUGGCUCCCAGACCGGUGCUGGCGCCGCCUCGAGCCAGUCUGGCGCUGCCGCCGGCCAGUCCUCGACCUCGUCGUCCCAGGGCCGCGUCAACCAGCUCACCUCGCAGGCGGGCUCUGCCGGCUCGGCCGCCACGAGCUCGGCCGGCAGCGCCGCCGGGGGCGCCGGGCGCCGCCGGUGGCGACGGCAACUCGGCCUCGGCGCUCAAGAUUUCCGGUGUCGUCGCCGCGAUCGCCGGUGCCGCUGGCUUCCUCCUCGUCUAAGCCGCAGCGAGCGAACCGAGAACUCCAAGCUAGUCCCGACCCCGAAUCACACACUAAUAACAUUCUCCACCUCCUUUCUUUCUUCUACCUAG